UCGGUCGGGAUAGCAUGCUCGCCGCUCUCUCCCGCACGCCGCCCGAAGCCGCAAUGCUGCCUCUCCUCCUCGCGCUGCUCGCAGGCUCCGUGGCUGGCCUGGACGUGAAGCCCUUGGCCAUCGUGGACGAUCGACGGUACAUUUCCUUCGGCCUCGGUCCUUCUGAGAACAACAGCGUCCUCCUGUGCGCCUACACGCUUGACGAGGGCCAGGCAGUGUCCGGGGUCCUCUGGGAGAUCCUGAAGGAGGAAGUCUCGGCCGGAACCUUCGAGUGGAAGCCAAACGCCCCUGCGAUUGCCACAGGUCUCCUGAAGGACAAGGUGAACCUCGAACGCGAUGACAGUGACCUGGAACUGACCACGCUGACCUAUGAGCUGAGCGCCAACUACAGCUGCACCGUCACUGCCGACGAUGGCACGACAGCGAGUGCCAGGGAUGAAAUACUGAUCAUAGGUAAGAGUGGGAAGGACUUCAGUUGUCAAUGCUCACACUCACACACGCCCCAGAACCGGGACGAGCCAAUAUCCACUUCUCAUGUCGAAGACCACAUCAAGAUCUGGCUCUGCUGUCCUUCCAUAACCCUCAGCCUCUGCCUCUGCCCUCUGACACCACCAGCAACCACAUCUACGAGAUAUUCUUACCGUCGGAGGAGACAUGCAGCAUCGACAUCUCCGUCAGGUACUUCCCCGUGUUCCCGGAGCCGACCGUCAUCGCCGGCCUGUACUCGGAGAGCCUCGGUCGACCUGAGCGCCCCGGAUGAUGCCAUCUUCCGCUGCGAACUGGGCGUCACGAAGGCCAAUGGGACAGUGAUCAGCCAGUCUGUGAUGACCUCCCAUUUCCAGUUCAGGCACAGCUGUAAGAUCCUCCCUGUUGGAGAAAACCAGACAGUGAGUUACAACACCGACGACAGAACCUGUUAUGGAGAGCCAUACCAGCUAGGAACAGUAGAGGCGAGGGUGGAGUGCGCGGGGGGCUUCGUCAGCGGCGGGAACGUGACUUCCGUGACAAUGGUGUGCGACUCGGUCAACGCCACGACUCAUCGCUGGAUCCCCGGCGACGAGGGCCUUCUGCCGGAGGACCUUGUCUGCGAGGGGGCAGCCAUGAGGGUCACCAGCUGCUACGCCUUGCUGACGGCGACGCUGCUGCUCUGCUUCCUCAGCCGCUGACGGGUGGCAGCCGUGGGCGGAGGUGGCCGAGUGUCAGUCAUGCCAUCGCCGAGACGACUCGUGGAGCCUCAAGACGCGCCCUAAGACUUCGAGGAUUCGUGUGAUUGACUUGUGAUUCUUUGCGCUGAUUUACGGUUCAUUUCAGGAUUUAGAUUAAAGAUAACUGAAAGUG